UUUAGAUUUGAUCAGUUAAUAUCUUUAACAAGUUAAUUAUUUAAAUUUUUGAAUCCAAACAGCUGAUUUCGGAGGUGCUAGCUUCUGUUUGUCAGUAAAUUACACGACAGGUCUUAUCUUGACUCAUUGACUCUGGUCACACACCGUACCUGAAUUGUGCAAUAGCGGUCGUUAUUUAUACUCUUUUUUUAUUAUUUUUUAUUAAUUAAACUGCUGGAAUGAGUGUGCGUAAAGUGGGCAUGUGGUUAGCCCUAAGUGCCACCGCCACGGGUGCCUUCUACCUCGGCUCCCAGGUGGAGCGGCAGAAGCACAACGACGGCUGCGGCAGAACUCAUCCACGCCUGCCGGGAUUGCCCACAUUUGGAACCGUUUCGGCGGCCAGCUUGAUUCCCGCCCAGGAGGGAAAUGUGAGCUUGGCAGCGACCCCAUCCCGGAUUGGUCAGAUCAUGAAAUACGGCUUCCCAGGUUUGGAUCACGUGCGCUCCCAUUCCGACUAUGUGUUGUCCUACGAUCGCCGCAACCGAGUGCCCCAUUGGGUGUUCGAGCACCUCACCGCCGAAUCCGUGGCCAAAAACGACGCGGUGGACCGUUCCAAGUGCGACUUCAAGCAGGACGAGAGCAUACACCCCUUCUUUCGGUCGCAGAACACGGAUUACCGGCGAUCCGGAUACGACCGCGGACACAUGGCUGCCGCGGGGAAUCACCGGUUGCACCAGAAGCACUGCGAGGAGACCUUUUACUUAUCCAACAUGGCGCCCCAGGUUGGCCAGGGCUUCAACCGCGACGCGUGGAACACCCUCGAGAUGCACGUCCGCAAACUGACCAAAAUUUAUGCCAACGUGUACGUCUGCACGGGUCCACUGUACCUGCCGCGCAAAGAGGACGACGGCAAGAUGUACGUCAAAUACGAGGUCAUCGGCUCUAACACGGUGGCCGUGCCUACUCACUUUUACAAGGUAGUUGUGGGUGAAUCCUCCGACCACAAACUCCACAUGGAGGCCUACGUUAUGCCAAACCAAGUGAUCAGCAACGAUACCCCCAUCAGCGUGUUCCAGGUGCCCCCGGAGACGGUGGAACGGUCCGCGGGGCUGCUCUUCUUCGACCAGAUCAACCGCAAGCAACUGGCCACCAUCAAUGGCAAGAAGGUCUAGCUGGAGUCUUA